CGUCAGUGAAUAGCAUCAGUCAUCGCCUGCAGCCAACAUGGGGGACAUGCUAGAGUUCAACGAGAUCUAUCAGGAGGUCAAAGGCUCAUGGAAUGACGGACGGCUGCGUUUCAGCAAACAGAACGUGGUUUAUAAGAGCAACAAGACUGGGAAGGUGGACAGCAUCCCAGCCGGAGAGCUCAACCAGGCGCAGUGGAGGCGUGUGUGUUUAGGCCACGGCAUCAAACUCGGCACCAGCACGGGGCACAUCUACAAAUAUGACGGCUUCAGGGACACGGACUUCGAGAAGCUGUCAGAGUUUUUCAAGUUGAACUACAAGRUGGAGUUGUCGGAGAAGGACAUGUCUGUGAAGGGCUGGAACUGGGGGACGGCCAAGUUCUCAGGACCGCUGCUGUCGUUCGAURUCAACGACAACACGGCGUUCGAGAUCCCUCUGUCCAACGUUUCCCAGUGCGCCACUGGGAAGAACGAAGUCACACUGGAGUUCCACCAGAACGACGACACCGAGGUUUCUCUCAUGGAGGUCCGGUUCUACGUCCCRCCCAGUCAGACMGACGAGCGACAAGACCCUGUGGAGGCGUUCGCCCAGAACGUUUUGUCGAAGGCUGAUGUCAUUCAGGCCACAGGAGACGCUGUUUGUAUCUUCAAGGAGCUUCAGUGUCUCACGCCCAGAGGAAGAUAUGAUAUUCGGAUCUAUCCGACAUUCCUCCACUUGCACGGGAAAACGUUCGACUACAAGAUUCCCUACACCACCGUGCUGCGACUCUUCCUGCUGCCUCACAAGGACCAGCGGCAGAUGUUCUUUGUGAUCAGUCUGGAUCCUCCCAUCAAGCAGGGUCAGACGCGUUAUCACUUCCUCAUUCUGCUUUUUUCCAAGGAAGAGGACAUCAACCUAACCCUCAAUAUGAGCGAGGAGGAUGUGGAAAAACGCUUUGAGGGCAAACUCAGUAAAAUCAUGUCUGGCUCUCUCUAUGAGAUGGUCAGCAGGGUGAUGAAGGCCCUUGUCAACCGCAAAAUCACUGUGCCUGGAAACUUCCAAGGCCACUCUGGUGCUCAGUGCAUCACCUGCUCCUACAAGGCGUCUUCAGGCCUCCUCUACCCUCUGGAGAGGGGCUUCAUCUACGUCCACAAGCCCCCGGUUCACCUGCGCUUUGAGGAAAUCUCCUGCGUCAACUUCGCCAGAGGCACCACCACGACGCGGUCCUUUGACUUUGAGAUCGAGACCAAGCAAGGAAACCAGUACACGUUUAGCAGCAUCGAGAGGGAGGAAUAUGGCAAACUGUUUGACUUUGUUAAUGCCAAGAAGCUCAACAUCAAGAACAGAGGCUUCAAAGAGAAGAAGGGCAUGAAGGGCAAAAUCGACGAGUACAGCGACUCUGACGAAGACCAGCACGAUGCCUACCUGGAGAGGAUGAAGGCGGAGGGAAAGAUCAGGGAGGAGGGCAACGACAGUGACGAUUCAGACGGAAGUGGAAGCGACGAGUCUUUCAACCCUGGAGAGGAAGAUGAGGAAAUUGCAGAAGAGUAUGACAGCAAUGCUUCUGCCAGCGACAGCAGCGACGAAGGAGAUGAUAGCGAAGAUGAGAGCGCAAAGAAGAAAAAGGCCAAAAAAGCUAAAGUUGUGAAAGAGAAAAAGGAAAGAAAACCACGCAAAGAGAAGAAGCAGAAGGACAAAGCUGGCCCCAAGAGGCCGAUGAGCGCCUACAUGCUGUGGCUGAACUCCAGCCGCGAGCGAAUCAAGUCAGAGAACCCCGGCAUCUCCAUCACAGAGAUAUCCAAGAAGGCCGGAGAGAUGUGGAGACAGCUGAACAAAGACGAGAAGGAGGAAUGGGAAACAAAAGCAGGGGAGGCAAAGAGGCAAUAUGACAAAUUAAAGAAGGAAUACAAAGAGAGCGGAGGAGGAUCGACCUCCAGUCCCAGGAAAGAGAAGAGAAAAUCUGGUGGGAAUAAGGAUGAGAAGAAGAGAAAGUCCAGCGGUGGAGAGAAAGAAAAGGAACGAGGAGGAAACGACAGCUUCAAGAGCCGAGAGUUCAUUGAGACCAGCGACGACAGUUCCUCCGACUCCGACCACAAGAGCAAAUCCAAGAAGAAGAAGAAGAAGAAGGAAUCGGAGGAGGAAGAGGAGGAGGAAGCUGUGUCCACUCCUGCCAGCUCAGAGGAAGAGUCCGACUGAAGAGACACUGAUCACACCCACAAACCCAGGACCAACUGUUUUUACCGUUGAUUUCAGACCAAUCAACAAACUUGAGUUGUACCUUUUUCUUCAGCACAUUUAAUUUUAAAAGUACAAUCACGUAUUUUGUGACUACGUCUGGAAACCAAUCUGCRCUGAUUUUUGAGCUCGUCUCCUCCCGACGGCUCGGUGAAAUAAUGAGACAGUUGAACCUAUGGGAAUGAUUGUUAGCUGCAUAACAUCGAGUAUGCAUAACGCUGCAUACUCAUUGUAGGAGUUAUUAGUUUGUCAGUGUAAUGAGGGGUCCAUUUUUGUUCCUCUUGUGUAGUGCUCUUUAAAAAAAAUUUCUUUUUGUUGUUUUCAGGUCAAAAUAAAUACAGAAUUUUUCAAUACA